UCGCAAUGUGAGAAUAAUAGAGCUAUCGCUUACUGACGCUGGAUGUGUAGGGACUGGCGUCAGCUUGCUCUAUUAAGCUUGACUGUCCUCCUGAUACACGGGGUCUGUGUUGAGGUUGGUAGCUUGUUUCCAGACAUGAGAGCACAGGCACUUGUUCUCUCCGUCUCUCUCCUCUAUCUGUGCCACUCUUUCAUUCACCCUCAGUGAGUGCACAUCUGCACACGUUUAUCUCCCACUUCAAGCUUUAGUCUCACCGCUGGAUUACUUGUCUGUUGCAAAGGUGACAUGCCACAGGAACAAGCUAUUGGAAAACAAGAGCUGCAGCUGGUUUAAAAGAGAAGUCAAAGAAAUCAGCUUCUAUGAUCUACUGAGCCGACGUGACAUUAGCCUCUCAGCGGUCUCACCACUUAAUCAUGGAAGACUCGACAGAGGUGCGGACGGAUGGAAACUCUUUACUUAAAGCAGUGUAUCUGUGCCGCCUGAGGCUGACGCGUUUGCUGCUGGAAGGAGGGGCUUACAUUAAUGAGAGUAAUGAGAGAGGAGAAACUCCGCUGAUGGUGGCCUGCAAAAGCCACCAUGCCGAUGCUCAGAGUGUGCCAAAACCCAAGAUCAUCAGGUAUCUUCUUGAAAAUGGUGCAGACCCCAACAUUCAGGACAAGUCUGGUAAGACCGCCCUAAUGCAUGCCUGCAUUGAGCGUGCAGGUGAUGAGGUGCUGUCGCUUCUGCUCUCCAGUGGAGCUGACCCUAGUUUGGAGGACCACACUGGUUCCUCUGCUCUGGUCUAUGCAGUUAACGCUGGAGACAAGGAUGCACUGAGAGUACUACUGGAAGCCUGCAAAGCCAAGGGCAAAGAGGUUAUUAUCAUCACAACAGAUAAACUACCAUCCGGAAGACAAAUGACCAAGCAGUAUCUGAACGUACCACCUCCUCCAAAUCUUGAGGACCGUUUGCACUGUGCCCCUGCUUCAUGUAUGUGCCCUUCUGAAAUUAAACUCUGUACCCCUUUUAUCCCACCACUCCCCAAUAGCCGUUCUGAGACCCUGGGAUCCACACCAGCACUGCCUAUUUCCAAGCCAGGAUCACCGACUCAAGAUUCAAGCCCUCUGCAAGCAGCUAGCGUGGCAAAGCUGUUACAUCUACAGAGGCUUCACUCUGAGCCCUGGCUGAAGAUCCCUCCAUCUCUGCUCCUGCAGCAAAGCAAGUCCUCAUCCUUAACCGAGGAGCUUCUAGAUAUCACUCCCGAAGAGGAGCUCUCUUUUGGGUACAAUGGUUGCAGACCCCCACUAAGAGCAACAGUAGCUCGGCACCAAAGCAUUGACGCCAAGGCCUUCGAGACAACAUCCGAUGCUGAAAGAGAACUAACAAAAGAACAGAAAUGGCUUAGUAGAAAAAUGUCCUAUGAUGGUGAGCUGCUACCGCACUCUUCCUCGCAUCAGAACCUCAAACAAGCAUCCAUCUCAGAUGCUGCUCCUGUGGACCGAGAUACAGACUGUCUUCCCAACCUGGCCGUUUCAAGCCUACGCAAUGUGUUUCGCCGGCGCAACAUCGGAAUGGACCACUACAGUUCUGACUCUCAGUUGCCUCAGUUUGGGAGCCAACCCUCUGAAGAUCUCGGGAAGACUGGAGGCGGAUACGCGGGGACGGAGAAACGCAAGCUUGUUACCAGCCGUUCCUCCACUCUCUCUGGAUCCAGAGAGUCUCUGGAGAGUCUCGUUCAGAGGAGGAGCCCGGCCAUGCUGGAGCGGAGGGGAUCCGGAGCCCUGCUCUUAGACCAUAUCUCACAGACCCGGCCUGGUUACCUGCCACCUCUCAAUCCGCAUGCACCCAUUCCAGAUAUUAAAGUCAAUAACAGUGUUGGUCUCAACAGUGGAAGCAAGCCUGUGGCAGGAACUCCACCCAUUGUUUCUGGAUCGAGGCAUUUUGUGCCCUGUGCCCCGAGCCAUCCUAGAGAUCACAAGAACAAAAAGAGUCUGCUAAGACGACACUCCAUGCAAACCGAGCAGAUCAAGCAGCUGGUCAAUUUUGAGGAGAUCUUCGGUCAGUAAACACCAC